UUAAAUUCCUCACCACCAUCUCAGUUAAUUAGUAAUAAGAGCUACAUAUAAACCUUAAAUUGCUGCCCUCACCAACCUUCACCAAUUAUAACCUGCUGUAAUCACCAACCAAUUAAGCAUGGUGUCUCCACAACUUAUUGCUACAAUUUUCAGUAUUGUAGUCAAGCUAGCAGCAGCUGAAUUUGACUCAUCCACGGAUUUAGAAGGAAGGGCUCUGCUCUAGAGCGGGUGGUGGUGUGAUGAUGUUAUCAACAACACCUCUCGUCACUGCAGCUGGCCUGGUAUAGUUUGCGAUGACUUUGGCAGUGUCAUCGACAUUUCGCCACCUCUCUACUGCAACAAUGGCUCAAAUAUUCAUAGCCUCAAUUUUUCUUAUUUCCCAAACUUCAUCCGGCUUAAUCUUAGUGGAAUUGGACUCUCUGGGAGCAUCCCAUGUCAAAUAGGUCUCCUUUCAAAGCUCGAGUACCGUCCCAGAAUUAUCUAACGGGUAACUUACCAGUUUCUUUACUUGCCAACCUUACAAAUUUAUUGGAAUUUGACAUUUCAAAUAAUUAUAUCAAUGGUUCCAUACCUCCAGUGUUAGGGAAUCUAAGUGCCCUUUCUCUUUUGAUUCUCGGUCACAAUGAACUUGUUGGCCAAAUCCCUUCAGCUCUUGCUUUUUAACCAAUCUAAUUUACUUCAUUGUCUCCAACAAUCGGCUUUCUGGUUCAAUCCCUUCUAAUCUCGGCCUUUUAAUCAAUUUGAAAGUUAUAAUUCUUCUUGUCAAUAAAAUCACUAGUUCAAUUCCCUCCACUCUUUGUAAUUUAACUAAAUUGGAAAUUCUUAAACUUGGUUACAAUCAAAUUAGUGGCAGUAUUCCUCCAGAAAUUGAAAAUUUGAAAAGCCUCAAUUAUUUGACCAUUUGGAAUAACAAUCUCACUGGUACAAUCCUCUCUACUCUUGGUAACUUAACUAGAUUGGGAAAACUUAACUUUGGUUACAACCAAUUUAAUGGACUUAUCCCUUCAGAAAUUGGAAAUUUAAACAGUCUUCUUGAUCUAUUAUUCCAGCGUAACAAUCUCAUCAGUCCAAUUCCUUUUACUCUAGGUAAUUUAACUCAAUUGUGAAGACUUAUCCUUGGAUACAACCAAAUUAAUGGCGUUAUCCCUUUAGAACUUGGAAAUUUGAAGAGGCUGCUUUCUUUGCUUAUUAGAGAAAACAAUCUCCAUGGUUCAAUCCCUUCUACAAUUGGCAAUUUAACCCAGUUGAUGACUCUUGUCUUUGAUCGCAAUCAAAUUCAUGGACUUGUCCCCCAAGAAAUUGGAAAUUUGAAGAGUCUUUAUAAAUUGGAUUUGAGGGAUAAUAAUGUCAAUGGUCAAAUUCGUUCAUCUCUCAGUAAUCUGACCAGAUUGAAAGAUUUGCGCCUUGGUUCAAAUCUCUUAGGAGGAACCAUAUACCUUGAGCUUAUGAAAUUCCCUAACUUGCAGCAUCUUGAUCUCUCUAAAAACCAAAUUUCUGGUGUGAUUCCACUUGAAGUUGGUGCACUGUAAAAUCUAGCGGGAUUGGUGCUUUCAGAUAACAAUCUUAGUGGAUCCAUCCCUGUUCAUUUAACAAAUUGCUCCACUUUAUUUCAUUUGUCAUUGGACAAUAACUACUUAAAUGGAAGCAUUCCCCUCCAAGUUGGAAACCUUUCCAUGACAACUUUUUUGAAUUUAAGUCACAAUUUAUUCAGUGGAGAGAUACCUGCCACAAUUGGAAACUUGCAACUUUUAGUGUACUUGGAUCUCAGCCACAAUAAUCUUUCCGGCCAGAUUCCAAAUUCUAGUGCUUGCUUGGCCAACUUCUCCUACAUCGAUUUGCAGGGCAAUUAUUUCACGGAUCCAAUUCCACAAUGCUUAAACUCUAACGCUAGGCAGUUCUUGGGAUGUAACAACUUAAAAUGCCAGGGUAAUUAUGAUGAUCUCCAGCCUUGCUUUCGACCUCGAAAAGUCUCGAGAGUCUUGCGAUAUUUGGGAAUCUGUCUUUCCAUCGGCAAAUUCAUUGCCUUCUUGGUUCUUGGACUUUUUUUACUUUCUCGAUGCCCACAACACAAGGCCAAGAAUUUUGACCAGGAGAUAAAAACAGUGAAGAAUGGUGACAUGUUUUCAAUAUGGAACUUUGAUGGAAGGAUUGCUUUUGAAGACAUCAUUGCAGCAACUGAAGACUUUGACAUUAGAUAUUGCAUUGGCACUGGUAGCUAUGGCAGUGUCUACAAAGCACAACUUCCUCGUGGCAAAGUGGUUGCUUUAAAGAAACUCCACCGGUUGGAAGCUGAGGAACCAAGUUUUGACGAAUGUUUCAAGAAUGAGGUGAAACUGCUGACUAAAAUACGCCAUAAGAACAUCGUAAAGCUUCAUGGAUUUUGUUUAUUCAAACGAUCCAUGUUUUUGGUUUAUGAGUACCUGGAAAGGGGAAGCUUGUUUUCCAUCCUGAGAAAUGAUGACGAAGCUGUGGAGUUGGAUUGGACUAAAAGAAUAAGCAUUGUCGAAGCCAUGGGACAGGCUUUAUCAUAUAUGCAUCAUGAUUGUGCAACGCCAAUUGUACAUCGGGACAUUUCAAGCAACAAAAUUCUCUUGAAUUCUGAGUUGUGGGGCUCUGUAUCCAACUUUGGCGUAGCCAGAUUUCUUCAUCCGGAUUCAUCCAAUCGAACCAUUGUUGGUGGUACCUGUGGGUACAUAGCUCCAGAACUUGCCUGCACUAUGGCUGUAACCGAAAAAUGUGAUGUUUAUGGUUUUGGAGUGGUGGCAUUGGAAAUAUUGAUGGGAAAGCAUCCAGGAGAGCUACUCUUAUUGUCAUCAUCAUCGUGUAUCCAAAAUAUAAUGCUAAAUGAAAUACUGGAUCCGCGUCCAGUACCCCCCAGAAGUAGGAUUCUCGCCCAAGAUGUAAUCUUUGUUGCCACAAUUGCAUUUGCUUGCUUACAUUCCAAUCCAAAAUUUCGACCUGCAAUGAAAUUUGUGUCCCAAGAGUUUCUCUCUCAGAGAAGACCACCAGCUGAUCCUGUCCAUUCAAUUUCUGUCUUGGAGCUCAAGCAGCAGAACAUUUACAUAACAGGGGAAACAGAGUCGGGUAUUUCUAUUUCAUGGCAUGAAGGUGAGCAUGAUAUUGAAAUAUCCAAAUUGAACUUGUCACAGGACCAGGAGAGUGUUGGAUAGCAAGUCUGAUAAACACUUGUUCUUUCAAUUUGUGGUGGAAUUGGGCCAUGGUGGACGCAGCUCAAUGUAAAACAUACCCUUUUAUAUAUAACAAUUGU